AAAUCCACAGCCAGCGCGGAAUUCCUCCUGGAACCUGGGACCUUUAUAAAGCUGCAAGCGCAGCCUCUUCUGCAGCGUCAGCCCCAGAGCUCCGGCCGCCAGCAUGAGGCUCCAUCACCUGCUCCUCGCGCUCCUCUUCCUGGUCCUGUCUGCUGGGUCAGGAUUUAUGCAAAGACUAGUAAAUUAUCAUAUCUGCCAUUGGAAGGGAGGCAUCUGUGUGCCGAAGAGGUGCCCUGGAAGCAUGAGACAGAUUGGCACCUGUUUCAGGUCCCAAGUAAAAUGCUGCAGGAGGUAAAAGAAGGCGAAGACGUAGCCAGGACCGAUGCGGAGUCAGAAACUGCACCCUUCAACAGAGCAUCUAAAAUUUAAACCAGAAUAAAUUUUGUUUAAAAUUAAAGAAUUGCC